AUGACAGUCGCUACUCUGCACUUGUUCGUCACAUGUUAGAUGAUAUGUGCUAGUAUUACUUGUGCUUUUGUGAACAGCAACAAUAUUUAUCAAAUAAAAGGCAUAUAAUUGUGUAUUUUGUAGUUUGUGACGUCAGUUUAAGCAUUGUUGUGUGAUCUUCAUUAACGUACUAUGCGGGCAGUAUUAUUGUUAUUGAAAAUAAACAGCUGCAAUUGGAGUGCACACAAAACAAAAGAAAAUAUUAUCAGCAACGUAAUUGAAUAAUAAGUCCAACUGUGAAAAGCUAAUUCAUUGCACACUCAUCGCGUUGGAGCGUCAAAGCAGAGAAAUCUUGCAAAUAGUGUGUAAUUGCGUCUUUUUUGUGGGCUGCGGUCGCGUUUGUGGGUGGAGGAGGCCAUUCAUUGAUAAUUUCACUUUCACACGCAUCUCAUACUAAUCUACAACAUGGUGGGCGAUAGACUGCCGCUAAAACAGGCCGAGCUAUCGGUGCAACGUUUCCAGGAUAUGGCCGUGCCACAUCACUUGAGUCUGUUGCAAAAUCAUCGCAGCAAUAUAGAAAAGAGUCUGGCGUUGGGCGACUGGCAAAAGAUCAAGAAAGAGGAACUCAAUGCCAUGCGGGUCAUCAAACAGAUAAAGAAUUUGCUGGUAGAAAUGGAUGCUUUGCGUGAAAAGUUGGCUGAGCAAGAUCAGCAGCGCUUCGAUGAGCUAAUGAAGCCAGGCAAGGACAAGGCCUUCGCAGGCAUGCAAAAGUUUGCAGAGCUGCAGCUAAAGUCUCCCAGCACCGCGUCUGAAGAUGAUGCACCCGCAGCGGAUAUAGAUCAACUGCCCGCUUUGCAACAAGCCUUGCCACAGCUACAAACAGAUUUUCAACUAGAGCAGCAUCAGCUGAUGCAGCGUGAGUCGUGUCUGGAACAAAUGGAGCAUCUGCAGCAUGAAAUACAGGACUUGCAUGGCAUGUUUCAUGGAAUGCAUCAGCUAACCCAGGAGCAAGCUGCCAGCGUGCAGUCCAUAGCAGACAAUGCCGAGGAGGCUUUGGAAAAUGUGCAGCAGGGCGAGCAGCAGCUGCGCAGGGCGCUCUACUAUAAAAAAGCAAUGUAUCCUUUAGUGGGCGCCAUGCUGGGCACCUGUGUUGGCGGUCCCAUUGGCCUAGUAGCGGGCAUGAAAGCUGGCGGUCUGGCUGCCGUUGGUUGCGGCAUUCUUGGCUUUACUGGUGGCUCGGUGUUGAAAAGCAAUCCAAGUGUUCUGCAUGGCAGCAUUGAGGAGCAGCAGGCACAACAGGAGGGCGACUCUACUGAAACACUGGAGCUGGCGGAAAAGUCUGAAUGACCUGCAAGCAACUGUCGUGCUU